UUGGAUAAUAAUAACAACAGCAGCGGCAGCAGCCGCUGCAAUAAAUAAAUAAAUACAUAUCACAACGCUAUCAUUCUCAUCGCUUCCAACAACGGUUUUUCUUUCUCUUUAUCUCUUAUCUCUCUCUGUCUCUACCUCAGAACAGAGCUCAAAUCGAUUACAUAUGGACAACGGUUACAGCGACGAAACCGAACGCCGCCACUACGCUUUCAGCGGCAAGAUAAUGUUAAUCUCCGUUAUCGUUCUCUUCGUCGUUAUCAUCAUAGUGGUUUGUCUCCACCUUCAGCUUCGCUGGUACCUUCUACAUGCACGCCGCCGCCGCCGCCAAAACAUCACCCGCCGCCGCCGUUCUCAGUUCUUCUUCUACGUCGACCCAUCUGUCUCCACAGCCGCCACCCGCGGACUCGAUGCCUCCGUCAUUUCGUCUCUUCCCAUUUUCACCUUCUCCCCCAAGACCCACCCGGACCCGGUUGAAUGCGCGGUUUGCUUGUCGGAGCUCGAGGACGGUGAAACGGGUCGGGUUUUGCCCAAAUGCAAUCACACCUUCCAUGUUGAUUGCAUCGACAUGUGGUUUCACUCCCACUCCACCUGCCCGCUCUGUAGGGUGCCCGUCGAACCCGCGCCCGAAAUGGUGACCCGAUCCGAUGUGACUGACCCGGAACUGGGUUCGAGCUCUGGGUUGUGCUCUGAGUGUGAACAGGGUGUGAGUGUGAGUGUUGAGGUGCCAGGAAGAGACGAUAUCAGAUGCGAUUCGUCGUCGUUUCGGUCACCGAUGAGUCGCGUGCUGUCAUUGACGAGAAUUCUGAGCAGAGAGAAGAAAGUGAGUGUUUCUCCGGCGUCGGGUUGUGAAGCAGGGUGCAGCUCCAUGACCAUGACCGAGUUAGACGCAGAACGAGGGCAUGAAUCGGUGGUGACUCGGAGUGCAGGGGUGUGAUGACGUGCGCGCAUUGGAAUUAGACGACUGAGUCAUUAUCCAAAACGAGGAAGAAGGGAUUGAUACGGUGGCGGCGAUUGGGUUGCGCUGACAAGAUAAUGGCGGCGGUCAAUGGUCAACCCUCUAUGUCUGUUUUGUGCUUUUACAACAGAUUUUGGAAAGAAAAAUUCAAUUAAUUUAUUUAAUGGAUUUAUAUUCUAACAA